UAUGAAAGUAUAUUGUAAAUAUUUUCAUUUGCAAAUCUAAAUUUGUUUUUAUUUGAAAAAGAAGAUUUGCUUGUGCACUCGCUCUAUCGCAACAUUAAAUUAAAGCAACUUCAGCUUGACAAUUUCUACCUUUUCGAAGGCUACUCAAGAGGAGGAGCGAGAUAACAAAAUAUGAAUAUUUUACCAAAGAAACGCUGGCAUGUGCGCACCAAGGACAACAUUGCCCGCGUGCGCCGGGAUGAAGCCGCCGCAGAAGCAGAUAAUCGCAAGCGCCAGGAAAAACUUGAAUUAGCUGAGAGCGAGGCACGCAUUAAUUUCCUGCGCCGUCAAUCGGGCCUCCCGGAGAAGGCCAGAGUUCCUGCCCGGGCCGAAGAUGCAGCUGACACCUCCCCCACCGCUACCACUGCAAUCGAAUCGAGGGGUGUGGAUCUGUUUGCGGACUACAAGACGCACGUUAAGACCACAAACAAGGAUCUGGAAAAGGAGCAAAAGGAGGAGCAAGAGAAGUAUGAGAAACAAAUUGGAUACCUCACCUAUCUGGGCCAAGACACGAACGAAGCACUGAAAACGCACAGUUGGUACGAGGUGGCACCCAAGCGGCCUGAGGCCGGAGACCUCAAUGCCAUUGAAACUCAUCUCCAGCAGAAGCUCUCCCACGACCCGCUUACACUCAUAAAUGCUCUACUUCCACCGGAGAAGAAGGUGCCGAAAGGCGUCCGCAAAAGGAAACUAACUCCGUCACCGGAUCCUUCUGCGCCAGAACCAUCUCCAACACAUUCCGCACACAAAUGGAAGAAGCACAAGAAAGGGCACAAAAAAAGCAGCAAGAAGUGUAAACACAGUAAAAAAGGAAAGGAGUCGGAAGAAUUUUCAGUGACAGCUGCGCGGCAGAAGCGGGAGAAGCUGGAGAUGCUGCGCAAGGAGCGACUGCGUCGAGAAUCUGUUGAGCGUCAACGAUCCGAGGCCUUGUUUGCACCACAGGAAGCUGCAGUGCCCGUGCCUGCCAGCACGCCGGCGGCAACUCCAAAGGUUGUUCAGAAGUACAAUAGUCAAUUUAAUCCAGAGUUGGCCAAGCAAAAUAUGCCUUCAAUGUAACAAAUCACUUAUAGAACAAUGUUAUUUCUAUACGCAGCAGCAACGAAGUAGAUUCGAUUU